UAUAUACUGUUAACCGAUGACCGUCCAGUCCUGAGUGUGUCUCUAUCUUCACUCUCUCUCUCUGUCUCUUUCUCUCUGUCUCUUUGCUGCUUCUCUCCACAUCCUCUUCUCCUGCUUCUCACCUCUUUUGCUGAACUUCAUCUGCAUCUGCACGCUCCUCAGCCUUCUUCUCCACAAAAGCAAGCAAAAAUCAUCCAACACACUUUCCUCCAUUCAAACUUUUAAAGAAACUCCAGCUGCUGACUGUGCCGGCUUGUGAAACCAUGCCACAGCAGUUGUUGCUCCUGUCGGUGGUGUCAGUGUGGCUUUUGGCUGGGUUCUUCCUAGCAGAUGCUACAUACUACAGCCACCACGUGUACAACCUCCGCCAUCGCACGUACAGCCACCGUGCCAGCAACAUGGACAACCAGCUUCCCCAGGUGGUACCCACAGAGCCGCCUGUUGAGGUUGUGCCGCCACGUCUGCACAAUUUCAGCCGCAUCUUCUAUGGGAUCAUGUUCGAUGCUGGCAGCACGGGCACUCGCAUCCACAUCUACAAGUUCAUUCAGAAGGACCCAGCUGGACUGCCAGUGCUUGACAAUGAGAUGUACCAUGCAGUGAAGCCUGGACUAUCUGCAUAUGCCGAUAAGCCUGAAGUGGGUGGAGACACCAUUAGGCAGCUUCUGAAGGUGGCCAAAAAAACGGUACCCAAGGAGGAGUGGCGACAGACUCCCGUGGUACUGAAAGCCACUGCUGGCCUGCGGCUGCUGCCUGAGGAGAAAGCCAAAGCCCUGCUGGAUGAGGUCAAAGACGUAUUUGACGAAUCUCCUUUCUUUGUACCAAACAACAGUGUCUCACUCAUGAAUGGCACAAAUGAAGGGGUGCUGGCUUGGGUUACAGUGAACUUCUUGACAGGUCACUUGUAUGCUAAAACCAGAAGAACCGUGGGUAUCCUGGAUCUCGGUGGAGGUUCAACUCAAAUCACAUUCCUCCCAAAAUCUAAAAAAACAGUGAUAUCUGCUCCUCCUAGCUACAUCGCUCGUAUCGACAUGUUCAACAGCACUUAUGAACUUUACACCCACAGUUACCUUGGAAAUGGACUCAUAGCAGCCCGACUGGCAACUCUUGGCGCACUUGGUGCAGAUGGUCUUGACUGGAAGGUUUUCACAAGUUCCUGUUUACCAAAGAAGUUCAGAGAGGAUUGGACCUUUGGUGGGCUCACUUACAAAGUCAGCGGAAUCCCAGAUGGUUAUGCAGGGUACAAGCUGUGCUAUCAUGAGGUGAUGCGGGUGGUGAAAGGAAUCAUCCACCAGCCCUUUGAAGUGAAGGGAAACAGUGUCUUCUAUGCCUUCUCCUACUACUAUGACAGAGCUGUGGAAUCCGGCCUUAUUGAUGGCUCCCGAGGCGGUGUUGUGGAGGUCAGAGAUUUCAAGAAGAGAGCCAAGGAAGUUUGCAAUAAGAUGACCAAAUACCGUCCCAUCAGUCCUUUCUUGUGUAUGGACAUGACCUACAUCACCUGCCUUCUGAAAGAGGGAUUUGGUUUCAAGGACAGCACUGUUCUGCAGCUUACUAAAAAGGUGAACAACGUUGAAACGAGUUGGGCCUUAGGGGCCACUUUCGAUUUUUUCCACAACCUGAACAUUCACUAAGGCCUGCAGACGUACGGGUGCCACCUGGCGGGGAAAACACAGGGUCAGAGUGGGGAGCCUCGCCUACACCCCUUAAACACUCCUCACCAAGUUUGAACCAGCCUUGCACUACAGCAUCCAAACACCAUGCCUUCCUCCCUCACUGCCAUGCAAACACCCGGAGAACUGUCCACAAAGAAAUCACUAUAUUUUUGUAAAGAUGGCCAGGCCAACCUGCUAUUUCUACUGUAUGUUUAACCCAUGAUUAGUUUAUUUUUGUAACUUGAACGUUUACAUUUUUUUCUGCUUUCGUCUCACCUGAGGCGCUGCCUGUCUAUUUUGGCAGUCUUUGAGUUUGUGAUGUGUAGUUUGGUUUAAUGCAACUAUUCACAGCUUUUCAAGGACUUCGGCUUGUGCUGUGGUGCAGAAUUAUGCAGUGGGAUAUUUGCAAUGGGGGGGUAAAAAGUUUCAUUUAAGGGAAAGAUUUGGAGCCCCUUGCAAAUUUUGCAUUAUCAGUUACUAUACUGUGUCUAUGUUAGUACUUGGUAGUUCUGUAUUUACACAGAAACUAGUACCAAGAAGUAAAUCGAUCCAAGUUAUGAAAAUGACUAUAUACAUUUUUUUAGCUUCAGUCUAGCACAUAACACUUUGCUAGUAAUUCUACAGCCAAUCUAGUGUUGAUACAACUUACAUGUUAGAAAUGUUCUUAUUCUCAACAAGCAGGAAUGAAAUGGGUGGAAACAGGUAAAGAUAGAUACAGGAGUAAAACAUCUUGGGGAUAUUCCUUAAGCAGGAUUUCUUAGUUAGCCAGAUAACUUAAGCCCAAAAUUGAGGGUUGUCCAAUUACAAUGUCGUUCACCUAUUUUCUUUUUGGACAGACUUGACUUUGGGUUUAAGUUAUCAGGUUAAACUGAGAAAUCCUGCUGUGUGAAACACUCCCUUAUCACUCAACUGAGUACAUGAAUGCUGUUGUAUUUCUGUAUGUGUGUAUUUAUGUCUGUAUGUAUGUUGAGAAUCUUUGCUGUUCGAAUGUUGGACUGGAACAUGGUGCUACAACUGGAAUUCUAGAAUGCUGCAGGCAUUUUGGACACAGAAGUAAGAUUUUGAGAAAACAAAAUUGUAAAAGCAUUGCUGAUUUAUCCUAUUCAUAAUUACUCAGGUUUUUACCAUAACUACAGAGUUGACCAGCAAUAUUAUUACACUGUUUGCUUUAUAUUACAUUAGUCACAUUACAGGACAUCCCCUUCAGAUAACCUAAACACCUCCAUGGGAACAUUUGUUUAAAGUAUUUUGCUCUUACUAUAAGUGCUGUUUGUGAAUUAUUGUAUAAAUAUUUAUUAUAUAUGGAUAUGUCAAAUGCCUAAUAGUUCAGUCCUUUUACUUGUAUCCAUCAUGACCAUUUCUACAAACUGCCUAUAGUUACUGUAUAUAUCAACAAUCAGUAGUGAUGUUUUUGAUACAACUGUAUAAUACCAUGAUGUACUGCUUUUCUUUGUUGCUUUUUGAAAAAAGCUUUGUAAUGCUUUAGUCUUUUACUGAUCAAAAGACAGCAAAUGCUAUAAAUAUGCUUCAGUCUCAAUGCUGCUUAUGAAAUAUGUACAUGCAUCAUGUCAAUAAAAAAAGUCAACUCUCA